AUGGACGUCCGGGCGAGGGCCGCCAACACCUUCGAGUUCGCCCAGGCCGCCAUCGUGUCCUCGGAUACGGAGUUCGUCAGCUUCCCGGCGACGCUCGCCGUCGUUACCUCCAAGCUCCACCACCUGAUGGAGUUGUUGAAGUCCAACGUGCGCGUCAUCCCGCUGCACACCGACGCAGACAGCUCGCAGGUGCAAGCCAAGGCUUCCAGCAGCCUCGCCCGGUAUUCCGUUGCGCUGGCGUCGUGGCCGGGCUCGCUGGCCAACUUGGCGGACGCCGCUCCGCCCCCGCCCGGCCACGAGAUCUCGAGCCGCCUAGAGCCUAUCGCGCGCGACUGCAACGCGCUUCGCCACGUUUCGACGGCCACCUGGAUCGCCGCCAAUUCCGCGCAGAAGAUGGUCAACCCAGCCAUCGUUGCCGCCCGUGGCGCCGUCGCCGCAAAAGUAUUUGGAUUGCGCCAGUUCGCCGCGCCCGCCGAGGCCGUCGCGAGGUCCUCGCACUCAUCGAUGGUCGCCAGCUUCGACGGCUGCGCGCUGUCGUGGGCUUGCCCGAGGCCGUUGAUCCGGCUCUGCGCGAACAGGUCGCGGGCGUUCCUCGAGGGCGCCCCGUGGGCCGAGGCGCCCCCAGGGCGCCAGGUAUUGCCUCGCGCUUUGCGUUCAGAUCAGCGCCGCUGCGUUGCAGCGGCGCGCAGGGGUUCGGCCGGGACGUGCGCGAUGCUAGAACCCUUGCGCGAGAUACUCGCUCUGUGCUUUGCAGGGGGCGCCUCAGGUCCAUUCGAUGUCUCGCUGGUCAGCGCAGGCGUGGCCGACUCGGACCUUGAGGUCUCCCUGGCCCUUCUGGGCAAGUCGCCCCGCGGGUCCAAUUUAUUGUCGGGUCUCCUGUUCGAUGGUUUCACGCAGUCGAUGGAGCAUGGGCACAAAGUGUUGCCGCCCUGCAUUAACGUCAUCCAGGGCGACGGCAUCGACAUCAACUCCAUGGAGGAGGUAUACAAGGCCAUGCUCAAGAGCGGCUGGGCGGCGUCCAACGUCGGCUUCGGGAGCGGCGGGGCCCUGCUGCAGAAGCUGAAUCGCGACACGCAGAAGUGUGCCUUCAAGUGCUCGUAUGCCAAGACGGGCGAUGGCGACGUCUCGGUCUUCAAGGACCCGAUCACAGACCCGGGCAAGCAGUCGAAGAAGGGUCGCCUCACGCUGGAAAAGUCCGAGAGCGGGAGUUACAUCACCGUCACAGAUGGCAAGGGCGAUCCCAGCAAGGACCUCUUGGUGGAGAUCUUCGUCGACGGCAAGCUGCUCACGGACGACUCCUUCGCCAACAUCAGGAAACGCGCUGCUCUGUCGCCCGAGGAGGUCGAGGUCACGAAGGCGACAGGCGCGGCAAAGAUGAUCGACGACCCGUUCAGCAACCUCAUCCUGCUCACGGACUCCUACAAGUUCACGCACCACCUUCAGUACCCGCCGAACACGCAGACGAUUUACUCUUAG